AUGAUGUGGGAUUCGUCAACAUUCCUGGGUGCUCUAACACCGAAAUUCUAUGUAGCUUUGACCGGCACUUCAUCUCUCAUCUCUGGACUUAUACUUAUUUUCGAAUGGUGGUAUUUCCGUAAAUAUGGUACCUCGUUUAUAGAACAGGUGUCCCUGACGCACCUGGGCCCGUGGCUGGGCGGCGGUGCGGCGGCGGGCGCGGGCGCGGACGCCGAGUGCAAGGUGUGGCGCAACCCCAUGUCGCUGCUGCGCGGCGCCGAGUACGGCCGCCUGUGGGCCGCCGCGCGCCGCGCCCCGCUCACUUACUAUGAUAUGAAUCUCUCUGCGCAGGAGCACCAGGCGUGGUUCGGUGUGGGUGCGGCGGGCGCGGGCGGCGCGGACGAGGCGCUGGCGCGCGCGUGGCGCGAGCGCGAGCCGGCGGCGCGCGUGGCGCUGGCGCGCGCGGCGCUGGCGCUGCGGCCGGAGAUGGCGGCAGCGCUGCUGCUGCUGGCGGAGGAGGACGCGCCCACGGUGGUGGAGGCGGAGCGCGUGCUGCGGCGCGCGCGCGCGGCGGGCGAGGCGGCGUGGCGCGCGCUGGCGGCGGCGGGCGCGGCGGGCGCGGCGCGGCGCGAGGCGGCCGUGCUGGCGCACGUGCGGCGCCGCGCCGCCAUGUGCGCGCGCCGGCUGGGCCGCCUACGCGACGCCGCGCGCGCCUUCCGCGAGCUGGCGCGCGACGCGCCGCCCGCGCUGCACGCGCUCGGCCUGCACGAGAACCUCAUCGAGGUGCUGCUCGAGCAGCGCGCCUACGCCGACGUGCAGGUCGACCUCUCAGCACUCUUGCUUCAUCGUUGUAAAUCUCUUUUGCAAAUUGCGUUUUUAAUCGACUUUCUGAAAGGAGAAGUCAAGUGUGAAGUAUAUAUGUGUCCGUGUGCGGCGCAGGCGCUGGUCGCGCGGCACGAGGCCGAGGGCUCGGGCGCGCCGCGCUCGGCCGCGCUGUGCUACACGGCGGCGCUGCUGCGCGCGCGCGCCGCCGCCGCCGCGCCGCGCGGCGCCGCCGACGCCGCCGACGCCGCCGCGCUGCUCGCGCUGCGCCGCGCCAUCGCCUACAACGCGCACGUGCCCGACUACCUGCUGGAGCUGCGCGCGCUCACGCUGCCGCCCGAGCACGUGGCGCGCCGCGGCGACAGCGAGGCCGUGGCCUACGCCUUCUGGCACCUGCGCCACUGGCGGCGCGCGGACGGCGCGCUGCGCCUGCUGGCGGUGGCGUGGGCGGCGGCGGGAGGCGCGGGGGGCGCGGGCGCGCGCGGGCCGGACCGCGAGCUGCUGCCGGCGCACCACGCGCCGGCGCCGCGCCGCGCGCCCGCGCUGCUGCCGCUGGCGGCGGCGCUGUGCGCGGGCGCGGCGCUGUUAGCGCUGCUGGCGCACCGCUGGCCGGCCGCCGCCGCCGCCGCCGCCGCCGCGCUCGACCCCGCGCGCCUGCUGCGCCUGCUCGCCGCGCUG